AGCUAAUAGCUAUCAUUAUAAUAAUUAACGGGUUACACAAUUGAUUUUUCGGAACAACCAAUCAAUAAUGGGGCAUAUGUGGCACUGGCAGUUGAGUCUGGGAGUUAUAUAUUACCUAGAACUAUACUUUUGCACCAUUGCUAAAUAAUUAUAGAUGUUGCUUUGGACAUUAUAUUAUAAGAUAUACGAGAAAUAGAGUAUGAUGUCGUUGUUCAUCGGUGUAAGAAGUUAUUCUUGUUAUCACCAAGCUAUUGAGUGAAGUUUAUUAAGAGACAAACAAAUGUGCUUGAUCAUACUCUUGUUUGAAAGUCCACUUCUAUAGCUAGUCCCCACUUAUUUUUCCUAGUUGCAUUGACCCUAAAUUAUUAAUGAAAUGAAGUUUGCUUUUGAUAGAAAAAAACCUUAUUUCAUAAGCAGAGUUUCCAUUUUUGUUUAUGAACCAACAACCUACCCUCUCAUAAGGAACUGCAGAAAGCAGAACAAUCACACGCCCAAGCUGUACAAACUACACAUGCUGUAUGACUAACUGUUUGGUGUUUGUUUACAAGGUUGCCGAUCAUUUGCAUAAAAGAUAGAAAACGUUGCUAUUGUAGUUAGUCAAGAGUUCGUAAGCCAUGGUUUUUGCUAUAAGUUUCGUAUGGAAGCUCUUUAAUACCGCUAAGAAUAAACAUAGGAUGAAAUGUCCACUUAAGCUGUAGCAUUUUAUUGUUUAUCACUUGUUCAAAAUAGUGUGUAGUGUGAAGCAAAGGGUAAAAUUGGCUUUGCCAGAUUGAAAUUUCUGUCAGAAAAAAGACACUUAACAGAGUUGAUAUGCAGAGUAGGACAGUUGGAAGGAAAUCAUGUCGUGAACUAUUGAUGAACCAAAUAUCCCCUCUAUUUUAAUGACAUUACUUGAACAUCAUUACCACUUUCUUAUAUAUAUCUGACCUAUGAUAGAGUCUAAUUUUUGUCUUGAGGUUAGGCAAAUACUAAUAAACAAAUUAUCCCCAUCUUUAUUUUGUAGAAAAGAUACAAGCAUGAAAAAGACCUCGUGUAUUUUAAACCAAAGUGAACUUUAUGUUCUAGUAAGGUAGAAGACCAGAUUCGGUUGCUUAAGCGUCGUCUUCCUUUUAUAUGCUCUUAUUACGACUAUAUUUUCAUUGGCAUUUGGUUAACUGGUUGCACAAUUAUUUAUAACUCAACUCAAUAUUCUAUAAAAUAAAAUAUUUAUGUUGUGCAUUUGUCAUCAAACUAACAUAAAGAAAGAAAAGUUUUGUUAUUAACCCUUUAUAUUGCACUGUUUACCUGUGAUGCCUUUUAAUGUGCAUCAACACAGUUUGUGGUUUUUAUGAUUUUUCGUUAGCAGACUGGUGAGAUUUAUUAUUGCAAUAUUAAAUUAUCUCAUGCAAAUGAGCUGUGCAGAAGCACUCACAAUAUUAUAAAAAUGUAGCAUCUUGUUUUUAUCCAAGAUUAUAAAGAGAACCUCACCUUCCAAUCACAUGUUACUUACUUUUCCCUUCUAUUUCAUGUCACUGUCUUUUUACCUUUUUUAGUUGAACUCACUUGUCUCUUGCCUAUGUAACAACCUACCUCAAAAGGUGCAGUAAAGUAAGACAUGGCAGUAACAGUAUGCUUUGAAAAUUUGAAGGAAUCUACCCUUCUCAAUACUAGUCAUACAGUUCACUAAUUCAACUAUAAGAACUCUACAAGGUCAUUCCUAUCUUUUCCAUUCUAUUUUUGUACUGAUAAUUGCCAAACUACUACUUUGUUUCAUCUUGCUUCAAGUUCAACUUCUUUGGUCUUUCACCAAAAUGGUCAGAAAAAUAUCAUACCUUACCUUACUGCUUGCACUUUUAUUUCUUUCAUUCAUUGCAAAUACUUGCCAGUUGGCAUUUGCAAAAGGGACAGACAAUGUCAGAGAAGCUUGCAGAGUAACUAGGUAUCAAAACCUUUGUAUCCGUUCGCUAGCACCGUUCUCUAGCAGUGCUGGAAGAAGCCCUAGUAAGUGGGCAAGGGCAGGAGUGUCGGUUACUAUCGCAGAGGUUAAGAAUGUUCAAGCAUAUCUGUCAAGCUUCAAGAGGCGCGAGCAUUUAAGAGGAAGAAACAAAGUUGCACUUUUAGAUUGUGUUGAGACUUUUGCAGAUGCCAUUGACGAUCUUCAUAGGUCACUGAAUGUGCUCAGAAGGCUUAGCAGAAGCACAUUUAGUACCCAGAUGGGGGACCUUAAUACAUGGUUAAGUGCAGCACUUACAAAUGAAGAUACUUGCCUUGAUGGGUUUCAAGGCAAAAAUGAUAGGAAAAUCAAAUCGCUGCUAAAUAAGGUUCACAAAGUUUAUUAUGUAACCAGUAAUACUCUAGCUCUUGUCAACAAACUUGCUACUACAGGUCUAGGAAGCAUUUCUGAUCCAUAGAAGUUAUAAAUGAAAUGUUUCAACAAGGAGCUAGAAUAAGCUGUUUACAUGAUUAAGUAAUUAAGUUAUCCUCUCAGCAGUAGUAAAACAAAUGUGGCAGACACUCAAAAUGCAUGCUUCUAGUUUGGUCAAUUAGUGCCAUGCUCUUUGUUCAUGAUAAGCUCUCUUCUCAUCUUAUUUCAUUCCUAAUGUCUGAGUCUUUGAUUUCUAUCUAAAGGAAAAUAAAUGUUAUCAUUUUAUAUGGCCAUUUAAACUA